CGGGGCACAACGGGCCGAAGAGGUCACAAAGCCGCACGAUGUCACAGGUCACCGUGGAAGGCAGCCAGAGACCCUGACAAUGAAUUUUGACCAGAAAGCUGUGAAAUUCCUGGCAAACUUUUACAUCAAUGGAGGCAAACACUGGACCCACGGCCCCCUGAGGCCCAAGGAUGCCGCUUGGCGGUGCCCGGGCGUGGGCGCCGCCUGGGAGAUGUGGCCCCCCGCGGUGGUGCUGGAGUCCCCGGAGGGCCUCAGGAUGCAGAGGGGCCCCUUCCAGGAGUCCCGGCAAAACUGCACCCGUGGCCUGAAGGAGCUGUGGCUGGAGCAACGCCCCCCCAUCGUGACCGACCCGGACGUCCCCGGCCCCGCCAAGUACGGGGUGCCAGACGCUGCGGUGCGCGAAUCCUCCCCGCACCCCCGCUUCAGCAUCGGCCGCAAGCACCCCGCCCCCGAGGGUGGCGGCCGCAGGGCGUGGCAGACCGUGUGGCUGCAAAGCGAUAGCCCCUUCACGCAGAAAGUGGACUUCUGCUGGGAGCAAAAGUGGCCAUCGCCCGCGGACUACCGUCCACUCAGCGGCCCUACUUUCCCGGCCUUCAGCUUCGGGGCCCCCCGCCCGGCCUCCAAGACCCGCGAUGCGCGCGCGCGUCCGGCGCUGCCUCGGGCCCGCGGUGCAGGUCCCCGGGCCCGGCCCCUAUCGCAGCUUCCCAGCCCCAGCACCUACGACAUCCUUCCCGGGUGCCGCCUGCGGGGCCCGCGUUCGCCCGCCUUCACCAUGAGUCGCUCCCCCGCGUUCGCCUCCUGGCUCAGCUCCUCCCACACCCCCGGCCCAGCCGCCUACUCCGUGGAGGAUUGCUAUAACUCGCGCUUCCCCUCGGUGCCCGGAGUGGUCAUCCAGGGCGUGCGAAGACCCAAGCGCCAUGAUACGGGCCCCUUCUGCGCGCUUUAGAGCCGGCUGGGCAGCUAUGGCGUGGACCCUGCCCCCGCCCCCACCCCGCCCCCCACCCCUGCGCCUUCCAGACCUCCUUUUGGGACUC